GUCUAGCGGACCAAUCAGCGGCCGUCUUUUUGUAACACAGAGACGGCUAAAUGGGUUUGUUUGGGUGUUGAAGUGUACGUAGCGGACUCUGAGAAAUCGGUCGGAUUUCGUCCGAAGACACGGCGCUAUACGACGCAUUCCUAAGUUCAACUGUAGCGCCUGUCUCUCUUUCUUUAUAUCCUUUGGAAAAGAACAAGUUGGAAGUUAAAAGUGUCCUGUCUAUGUCCACCAGAUGUGAGCAGUAGAUGUGAGGUGUGUUUGUGAGAGACUGUCAAGGCGCAGCAUGUUUAAGCAGUGAUCUAAGCCCAGAGCUCUGGUCAUGGAGGCCCGCUUUGGGAAUGUGGUGUUCAGCUCGCGAUUUGACUCCGGGAAUCUGGGCCGGGUGGAGAAGGUGGAGGUGCCUGAACGUGAUGCUGAGAAAAGCUCGUUUUCACACCUCGACUACGAGUUCAACGUCUGGACUAAACCUGACUGCGCAGACACCGAGUUUGAGAAUGGGAAUCGAUCAUGGUUCUACUUCAGCGUACGUGGUGUGCAGCCGGGUAAACUGCUGAAGAUCAAUGUGAUGAACAUGAAUAAGCAGAGUAAGCUCUACUCUCAAGGCAUGGCUCCAUUUGUGCGCACCUUUCCUGUGAAAAUGCGCUGGGAAAGAGUGCGGGAGAGACCGAUGUUCGAGAUGUCAGAGAAUCAGUUCACUUUGUCGUUCAUGCAUCGAGUGCUGGAAGGGCGAGGAGUCAUCACAUACUUCGCUUUCUGCUAUCCGUUCUCCUACACCGAGUGCCAGGACAUGCUUUUGCAGCUAGACCAGAGACUGCUCAGCCAUUCUCACACACUAGGGCCUUGCAGCCCGGCAGACAGUCUGUAUUAUCACCGUGAGUUGCUGUGUUACACUCUGGAUGGGCACAGAGUAGACCUGCUGACUGUGACCUCCUGCCAUGGCAUGCUGGAGGAGAGAGAACCCAGACUGGAGAAACUCUUUCCUGACCACAGCACACCACGACCACACCGCUUUGCUGGCAAACGGGUGUUUUUCAUCAGCAGCAGGGUGCACCCCGGGGAGACGCCCUCCAGCUAUGUUUUUAAUGGCUUCCUGAACUUCAUUCUGAAUCAGGAAGACCCACGGGCACAAAUGCUGUGCCGGUUGUUUGUCUUUAAGCUCAUUCCCAUGCUCAAUCCUGAUGGAGUUGUCAGAGGUCACUACAGGACGGACUCACGUGGUGUCAAUCUUAACCGACAGUAUAUGAACCCGAGUGCUGAGCUUCACCCCUCCAUCUACGGAGCCAAAUCCAUCCUCCUCUACCAUCACCGGCACAACCGCCUUAAACCCAGCUCUCCCUCGGCACUUAAACUCUCCAACCAGUCCAACACCACCGCCACCCCACUCCUCACCACGCCUCUUGAACUUGAACACUACCUCAACUGCCGCAACGAUGUGGAGCGAUUGGAGGGCCCAACUCUUGACCUCUCGCAGAUACCCAUGCAAAUGGAUGAGAGUUGGGAGAGUAAAGGCAGAGUGAAGGGCAAGUUUGGACAAGGCGAUGAGAAUGACUCGACUCCAAGCCGGAGUGACGCAUGCGUCUCUAACCUCACCCCAACCGAGCAGAUCCCACCACAGGAAAGCGGAGUGGCCUAUUACAUAGAUCUACAUGGCCACGCCUCCAAAAGAGGAUGCUUUAUGUAUGGCAACAAUCUGCCUGAUGAGAAUCAGCAAGUGGAGAACCUGAUGUAUCCAAAGCUGAUCUCGUUGAACUCGGCCCAUUUUGACUUCCUUGGCUGUAAUUUCUCAGAGAAGAACAUGUAUGCACGUGACAAGCGUGAUGGUCAGUCUAAAGAGGGCAGCGGCAGAGUCGCCAUACACAAGGCUAUUGGAGUAGUUCACAGUUACACCUUGGAGUGUAACUAUAACACAGGCCGUUCAGUCAACACCAUUCCACCCGCCUGCCAUGACAACGGCCGUGCCACUCCUCCUCCUCCUCCUGCCUUCCCUCCCAAAUACACACCUGAAGUGUACGAACAGGUCGGCCGUGCAGUUGCUAUAGCAGCGCUGGACAUGGCUGAAUGUAACCCAUGGCCGAGGCUCGUCCUGUCCGAGCACAGCAACCUGGUGAACCUACGAGCAUCACUGCUCAAACAUGUGCGCAACAGCAAAGGCCUGGUCUCCAACAGCCGCAAGAAUGUAAACAAGGCUCCCGGCCCUCCGAAAUGCGCAGGCCUGAGCAGCUCUGUUUCGGAGAAUUCCCUUAGCCGGAGUCGCAGCCAUGGCACGCGGAACGGCAGCAUCCCUGGCAACAAGCAGACAUCUCCACAGCUGAAGAGUUCCCCUAGCUUUACGUUUGGCUGGAGCAGUUCUGGAAACACCCCCAGCACACAUAGACCUGCCCACAAAGCCUUGGGGCCAGUCAGAGUGUGUCACCCAGGUGCAUCUCAUAUAUCUGUCCUCGUAGAGUCGAAAGCUCUGGAGAAGAGGCGCCAACACCAACUCGGGCAACGCCUCUCACUCCACUGUCCCAGCAACAGCCAAGCCGUCCCAGCACGUCCCCCGCUCUCCCCUUCCUCCUCUUCCUCCUCCUCCUCCUCUUCCUCCUCCCCCUCCUCCUCCUUGGGGGCGGGGUCAGCCUCUUGUUCCAUCAAUACGGCAGGAAACACAGAUGCUCGUUCUCAGCCAGCGUUACAGAGAAAAGAUCGUUCUACAUGGACUGGGAGUGGCAUCAUGAUUGACGGUCCAGGAUCCAUUCAGUCAUUUCCUGCACUACAGACGACGAGCUUGUCACAGAUCUCUCUAAAGGAGCCCUCUGUAAACAGUAUCUCAUCCAUUGAGUGUAAACGUCUCCACGGUUUCAGGAGCGAGCUGCAUUUCCGACCGAGUCGAAUCCCGGUGCUUAAAACAGAGCUUUCCUAUCGUCCUCUACCUCAUUUAUCGUGCUAUGACAGUCCUACUAUAAGAGCCUGGAAGCUCGUCAAACCCAGUCUCAAAAAACAUCUAACAGAUCAUACCGCGCUGCACCUGGUGGCAAAAGCUCUGCUGAGAAACCCUUCCCGAAGCUCUGAGGACAAGACAGACACCACAACUAAACAGGAUGACAAUCCAGAAGCAGCACAAUCGGAGCUUUGGCCUGUAACUAGCAGCGUUUCCCAGAGCACAGAGACCUGACCUGCUUCUCCAAAUAUCCAUGACAUUCCCUCACUCACAGCGUGACACGACAGGUCGAUGGCACGGCGUAAAUAAACACUAAUAACUAACGCAUAUAA